AUGCUUCUGAAGCCCUGGGAGUUGCCGCUACCGCUGGAAGAGUUUCUCUCAGCCUACGCACAGACCGUCGAGGCCAUGUUCUGCUCCGCCUCCAGCCUCACACACCUGCCUUCCCUCUGCUUCGUUGUCAUCUCUAGCGUCGGCCUCAACCACAUCGACCUCCUCGAGUGCCGCCGCUUAGGCAUCGCCGUCGCCAACGCUGUCGACAUUUUCUCCGCCGACGUCGCAGACCUAGCCCUCGGUUCGGACGGUUUCUUCACCAACUUAUUGCCGGAAUUGCUUGAUUUCCUGGAGGGCAGAGACAGAAGGGGGUGGGUGGGCUUAUCGUGCUGA